GAUUCGAAACUGAUUUUCAACCAAUGACAACCUGUUAUCGCCCGACGUAAACAAAAACAAACUGGAGACGAGAUGCAAAUUUUGCAGAAUUUUAGAUAAAAUUUCAAGUUUUCGGAAAGAUCUUGAAUAGAAAAAUGGAUAUUGAAUCCACUGUGGCACCGCACGUCUUUAAGGCGAUUCAAGAACUGGACGUGGAGGCGAUUUCCAAGUGCAGCGCUGCCGAAAUCAGACCCGUGCUGCCGACUUUGUCGAGGAUCAGCCUUUUGCCUCCGCUGGAUUCUUCGAAGAAAUGUGCCGACGAGAGAAUUCGCAUUUUGGCCACGCUCAGUGGAAUCGAGGCCGUGAAUUCCAUCGUCGCUUGGCUUUCGAUCGACUUUCACGCUCUGGAGGUUGAUGUGAAGCGAGAGCAACAAAUUAGGUCUCGUCCCGGCAGUUCAGCUGCAGACAGUGUAUUGGUCCAGUCGCUGCAAGGAGGACUAUCUUUGGAAUUCGAAAGAGGCGAUUCGACCCGAAGUCUGAGACUUGUCCUUUACGAGCUUUUCUUCGUUGCCUCUCAAGCUGCAGAUAGAAGGGAACAAGGGGUCAUAUAUUCCGAGCUUUUUGAUCCCCCUGUGUACCAAGAGAAAAUCUGUGACAUUUUGUGUAUCGCUCUGGCCGAGCUUCCGGCUCUUUUAAACAUUACCGAGGUUAUAGAGUAUUUGCUGCACGUCCGAUAUGGGCCGUGGAUUAUUUGCAGACUAGUAGCAAACCUCCCUGACAAUUUUAGAGAAGUUUGUUCCGCUUUGAUUGCAAAUGGUGAGAGACAGGAGGACGAAGGACCGAGUUUUCAAGCUCGAAUGAAAGCUCUCAGAAUGUUGUGCCAAAUGAACCCUAGCAAGGCCUUGGCAGUGCGAGACAAAUGCGUCGAAUUGUGCAGGAUGCCUGCCUUGGCAGUUUUGCUGACCCUCCCUGAGCCUGGCCAGGAUGGUUCGGACAUAGUAGCCUUCGUAUCUGGUCUAUUGAUUGGCAAUGACCCGAAUGCUAAAAACUGGUUCUCAUUAUUUGUUCGAAGUGGCCAGAAGAGAAAGCAAGAGUCUCACCUUGCUCUUCAGGCCCUUCGAGCUGAGUUGAUUCGUCAACUGGAGGCCCUGGUGCCGCCGGACGACCAACUCGUUGCCUCCAAAGUUGCACAGGCGUCCGUAAUGCUCAGACUUUUCUGUGCACUCAGAGGCGUUGCUGGAAUCAAAUUUCAAGAUGAAGAAGUGACGCUCAUAGUGAAACUAGUAACAAGCCAUCCUCCACCUUCAGCGGCGGGAGUGCAUUUUGUUUCACUUGGGCUCUGCAUGCUGAUAGCGUGCCCGACUUUAAUCCUCCAACCAGAGCAUGAGAAGAAAUCGGUUGAUUGGGUAAAAUGGCUCGUCCAAGAGGAAGCUUAUUUUGAAAGUGCUAGUGGAGUGAAAGCGUCCUUUGGAGAAAUGCUCUUGCUGAUGGCCAUUCACUUCCACUCGAACCAACUCUCCGCUGUUUGCGAUCUCGUCUGCUCGACCCUGGGCAUGAAAAUUCCCAUACGACCUCACAACCUGUCCAGAAUCAAGACCAUUUUUGUCCAGGAAAUUUUUACAGAGCAGGUUGUCACGGCCCAUGCUGUAAAAGUUCCCGUCACUCCAAGUUUGUCUGGCCAAACAACAGGCUUUCUGCCUGUGCACUGCAUUCAUCAGCUCCUGAAGAGUCGCGCUUUCUCAAAACACAGAGUGCCAAUCAAAGACUGGAUCUAUCGUCAAAUAUGCAACAGCGAGUCUCCACUUCACCCUGUCCUGCCUGCCCUCGUUGAGGUUUAUGUCAGCUCCAUUCUGGUGCCGGCAAACAAAGCUGCCGACAACCCGAUCAACACAACCAAUGAGCCCAUCUCUGAAAAUGAAAUCAAAGUGGUCUUCCAUGCCUCAACAUUCAAGGCCGGAUCUACUGAACAGCAGCCUUCCCUAACCUCUCAACUGCUCCUGCUUUACUACGUCUUGCACUACGAGGACCUCAGACUUGCAGCUCACCACAAAAAUGCCAAGGCUUAUUCGUCGGAAUUCCUGGCCCAGCUUCCUAUCAAAUAUUUACUGCAGCAGGCACAGAAAGAGCAACAAAACUUGGGAGGGUUGUUUGCUCCCCUUCUAAAACUCUUGGCCACUCAUUUCCCACACUUGUCUCUGGUCAACGACUGGUUCGAAACAGAACCACCGUCCUUGGGAACUUCCCCUUUGAACGCUCCCCUGACGUCGGAUGACAUUCACAAAGCUAUGGCUGAAGUUUCGUCUCAUCCACUGAGGACGAUUCAAGUGCUUCAGAGACUUGCGGAUAUGCCUCCAACAGAAGCCUGGAGUCAUGCAGAAGUUAUUACCAUCCACUUCAAGUCAGUCUUAGCGGAUCAUGUACCUCGGCGAGUUCAAGAGCUGUAUCAAAGAGUGUGGCUAAGACUCAACACCGUCCUCCCCAGGAGCCUGUGGGUUUUGACAGUGAACGCCCUUUUACUACCAGAGCCAGGUCACGACACUCUCAUGGUGCCGUUGACUCAGGAAGAUGUGGUUUUAGAUCCUCUCCAGGUUUUACGGUGUGACGAGCGAGUUUUCCGGUGCGCGCCUGCUCUGAGCGUGGUGCUCAGAGUUCUGCAGGCAGGACUGGCAGCUUCAAGGUCACACUUGGCGCGUCAACUUCAGGAUCUGCAGGUGGCGGGCACUGCCUCCCCUCAAGAACUGAAAGAAAGGGAUGACCUGAGGAUGGCUCUGACUGCAGCCCAAGAGUCUGCAGCCGUUCAAGUCCUCCUUGAGACUUGUUUGGAAAACAAACAAGACAAAGCAAAGCCUGGAGAACAGUGGGCCCUUCGCGAAUGCAGAGGAGUUGUGUGCAGCUACCUCCACCAAGCCUUCAUCGCAGACCCAAAUUUGGCGAAACUGGUCCAUUUCCAAGGCUACCCAAUGGAGCUGCUUCCGGUGACUGUGGCUGGAAUCCCGUCAAUGCACAUUUGCUUGGAUUUCUUGCCCGAACUCUUGAGCCAACCAGAAACGGAAAAGCAAAUCUUUGCUGUAAAUUUGGCGUCACACCUCAGUCUUCAGUUUGCCAUGCCCAAAUCCUUAUCAGUGGCAAAACUUUGCAUUUCGGUAUUAUCGACCCUACUGAGCGUGCUGCCCAGCACUGCCAGAGCUCCCUUCUUUUCUCAGACGUUGGGUGCUCUUGUGAGAUUUGGCCAGGCCUUCCCACCUCUGCUAGAAGAAAUUUUGGUUUUCCUGCAGCAGCUGGGAAGAGUGGAGAUGUCUCAAGGUGCGUUAACAGGCCAUUCAUGCAAAAGGGGUCCUGGGAGAGCAGUGGGAGUCCCUCAAGACAACGUUUGUCUUUGUCAGGAAAUCGAAGAUACAUUUGGGCAGAUUAUGGAAAAGGCAGUUCUGAGCCCAACAAUUUACUAAUGUUUUAUAUUUGUUUUCAAUAAUUACCUUGAAAAAAAAGACAUAAUUUUUUUU